CCCAUGAAAAAGUUUAUAUAUAAAAGAACGAGUUUGAAUAUUUUCAAAAUGCUACACAAUGGAGUCAGACGAGGAAUCAAGUACAUGCAGUAUCUGUUUCGAUGCUUUUCUACAUCCCAAACUUCUACUAUGUCGCCACACAUUCUGCAAACCAUGCCUUGUCCGUUACACAAAGAAAGAGAACGCGGGUAUAUUAAGUUGUCCAUUAUGUCGACAAAAGCAGAAGCUGGACUGUAGAGGUUUGAAUGGUUUAUUGGACAAUUACUUUGUGCCUCUGAGGGCCCAAGCACCAUCGCCAAAUCUACAAGUAGGUUGUGAAAUUUGUUCUGGGGGAACAGAACUCACAAAAUGUCUUCACUGUUUUCAGAAACUUUGUCAUUCAUGUACCCUGGAUCAUAACACUACUCUGAAAAUAUCUGGCGACACAGCUGGAUCUGAAUCGGACUCGGAGAGUGCCUCUUCUGAUGAUGGUCUCAUAUUUACAGCUCAACAUGUUCUGCAAUUACCACACCGUUCUUCAAGAACUAAAUUAAUUGCAGAUUUUGUUUUUAGUUUUACAGUACCUUUCAAUGCUGAACAGCCGUCCACCUGUAUUUUUCCAAGUGCUACAGAUACCUGCCUGCUAACAACGGGUUUAGGACCUGAAAUUGUGGAAUAUACACUGAAAGGAAGAUGUAUAGGUAGAAAGGAAUUUAGUAAAGGGAUAAGUGGGAUAACAAAAACAUUAGACAAUAAAAUUCUCUUUUCUAAUGUUUUUGAAGCAGCGAUUUUUGAAGUGGUCGACGAGUCCCGAAUAUCUCUUUUUGCAAAUUGCGAUUCAUACAAACCGAUUUCACUGUCUGCCUUUAAAGACGGAAGAGUAGCGUCCAUAGCAAAAGCUUCUUCUUAUUCUGGGCCUCGCAACAGACGCCUGGUGGAUCAGGGAGUUUUGCAAAUAUUUAACAAAAACGGUAAAUUGUUAAAUGAAAUAUUCAAAGAGCGGAAUGACUUUUUAUUUAAUCACCCUGUUUGUGUUUCCGUAAACUCACAAAAUGAUACAGUUUGUGUUGCGGACAGAGGCUUGCACCAAGUUCUAAUCAUGACCGACGACGGGUAUGUGAUUAGAAAAUACAGAGGAAGAACCAGAGGAAACGCUAUAAGUUUUUCAGGGUCAUUGGUGUUGAGUUUGAAUACUAGUCCGUUUAAUCCAGUGGCUUUGUGUCAUGACCAAGAUGGAAAUCUUGUGAUUGCAAAUAGGUUGGAUCCGACUCUCCACCUUUUAUUGUCAAAUGGGGAUUUCUUUUGCUACAUUUAUGCUGGGUCUAAUAGCUUUGGACACCCAGACAGUUUGUGUAUUGACAGUCAAAGCAGACUCUGGAUAGCAGAUCAUCUGAAAGAAAAAGUGAAAAUAUUUCAACUUAUUUCUUACAGAAACAAUCUACAUCGUGAUGUCAAUUAAUUAUAAUUCUUUUUAAAAACGAUUGUAAUGUUGAAACUCUUCUUCACGCGAAAUUGGUCGAGCAGUGUUGUUUUGAAGAAAAAAAUCUGUACAGAACCUUUAAAAGUAAGCAAAAAUAAUGUCAUAAAUUAAUACAGUUCUAUUUUAAUUUUGUUAAUAAAAGCUCAUUGAGAUAUUAUUGUUGGCAAGCUUAAUCUAUUUACAUGUACUAGUAAGUUGUAACAAUAUUACUUUCGUGCUGUACUUUCCGGUAACUCUGAUGAACGGUGAAUAAACGAGGAAUAGUGAAUUAUAAUUCUGCUACAAUGUCACAAGCUCACCUUAUCAAAACAUUUCAAUUC